AUGCCCUAUCGGCCCCCGGAAAGAACCCCUGCAGUGGUGUAUCACGUGGAGACGUGGGCCUGUGCUCUGAGGCUUGGGGGCGUCGGUUCCAUCGACGCCUUCCUCGAGGAAAGCGAGAAGUCCCUGGCGACCCACGUGGGGCUCUUCUCCUUGACCUCCGCCGUGAUGUUCAUCGGGUCGAUCAAGGGCCUGAACAAGCACUCCACGGCCCGGGAGGGGAACUACAUGGGAAUGGUUGCCACUGCUUUGGGCAUCCUCUCCGUGCUGCUGUCCCCUGGGUUCCACUCUGCGCACAUCCGUUUCUUCCUGACCUUCUUGGCGGCUGGCGGAGUCGGCUAUGGCAUUGCCAGCACCGUGAAGAUGGAGGAUAUGCCGCAGCUAGCAGCUUGGCAAAAGGAGAGCGACUCUGUGCAGGGGUCAUCGUUAGUAGCUACGCAGGUUGCGGGCUUCCAUUCCUUCGUGGGCUUGGCCGCGGUCUUCGCCGGCUUCGCCAGCUACUGCAACGUGGCAAACCCCUACACGGUGAUGAAGGCGCUGGAGACGGUGGUGGGCAUUGCCAUCGGCUCGCUGACCUUUACUGGCUCCGUGGUAGCUGCCGGGAAGCUGCACGAGAUGAUCCCGGGGAAGCCGAUCAUCCUCCCACAGCGCUGGCUCUUGAACGGCGGGGCCCUGGCGGGAUCUGUGGUUCUGACGGCCCUCUUCCUGAAUCCUGCCACCUAUGCAUCCCAUGCAGGGGCCGCCCUGCUCUUAGGGAACACAGCCUUGUGGGGGUUUCUGGGCGUGAACAUGGUCUUGCCCAUUGGCGGCGCGGACAUGCCGGUGGUGGUGUCGCUCCUGAACGCAUUUAGUGGCCUGGCCACCAGCGCCGCCGGCUUCAUGCUCUCCAACGACCUCCUGACGAUCUCUGGAGCUCUGAUCGCCUCCAGCGGUACGCUGCUCUCGGACAUCAUGUGUCGUGGGAUCAAUCGCUCCAUGUACAACGUCCUCCUGGGCGGCUUCGGCACAGACUCCAGCAGCAAUGCAGCCGGGGCGGCGCCCACAGGUGGAAGGGAGAACGUGAGCGAGGUCUCGGCAGUGGGUUUCGUCGGCAUGCUCUUCGGGGCCAAGAAGGUCGUGAUCGUUCCAGGCUACGGCCUUGCAGUCGCAAGAUGCCAGCAGAAGUUGGCAGAGAUUGUCGCCAUGCUGAGAAAGCACAACGUCACGGUGCAUUUUGCUAUUCAUCCUGUUGCUGGCCGUAUGCCUGGCCACAUGAACGUGCUCUUGGCAGAGGCUGACGUACCCUAUGACAUUGUCAAGGAGAUGGACGAGAUUAAUGCGGAGCUUCCAACUUACGACGUCGGGAUUGUGGUCGGAGCCAACGACAUCGUUAAUCCUGCCACGCAGGACCUAAUGCCUAUAGGGUCAGGGCACUUCAAGUCGGGUCAGGACGAUCCAAGCAGCCCGAUUUAUGGCAUGCCAGCCAUCGAGAUCUGGAAGUGCAAGCAGUGUGUGGUACUUAAGCGUUCUAUGGGAACGGGCUACAGUGGCGUGGACAACCCCCUCUUCUACUUGAGCAACGUCAAGAUGCUCUUCGGAGAUGCCAAGCAGUCCAUGGACAACAUCAGCAGCUGCUUGGAGGAGCUAUUCUCUCAGGACAGCCAAGACCGCUUCACCGCCGCUGCGGGUGCCAGCUCCUCGGGUGAUCAGCACGACACCACCCAAGGCGUGGAGCCGGAGGUCUUCCCGGAGGCGGUCCGGGUCAUCGGCAUUGUUCGGGAGCGGCUCCCAGGCGAAGCUCGUGUCAGCUUCGCGCCCUCCGCCGUAGUGAAGCUGCGGCGCAUGGGCUUCUCGAUUUUGUUGGAGGCCGGCUCCGGCACUGCCGCGGGCUUCACGGACGAGGAGUACACGAGGCACGGCGGUGUUCAGGUCGCGGAGAGCUCCGUGGAAGUGCUGAAGCAAGCGGACAUCAUCUUCAAAGUCACCGAGCCCUUGCUGGACGAAGUGCAGAUGCUACAGGGGACGCAGACGAUGGUGGGCUUCUGGAACAUGUACGGCACCCAGGAGCUCCUCGCGGCCCUGGCGCAGACCUCCGCCUCGGUGCUGCGGAAUCUGGCGCUGGUGCCGCGGGUCUCCCGGGCGCAGAAGCUGGACGCCUUGACCUCCAUGGCCAACAUCGCAGGAC